CGUUAUGUAGUACGCUGGGUCGUCGCUCAGCCUGGAGUACGAAGUAGCGCGAGUCGGCGGAACAAAAAGUAUCGCUGGGAUUCUUACAAUAAAACUUUGGAGAAGCAUUCACAGCGGAGUGGACUACUAUACACCUUUCUCAAGGAGUAGACCACGCUCAUUAUGGAGUCCCAAAUAUGGAUUUAAGGUGGAGACGACUUGCAAUGGGAAUUUUACUCAAGGAAUUGGUGUUGCUUUGGAGUUGCUUGGUGUGGAUAGUUCACGGCUCGCCUCUCCUGCUGUUUGCCAACCGCCGCGACGUGCGUCUGGUGGACGCGCAGGGCGUGAGGGGCGAGUCGGCGGUGGUGGUGGGCGACCUCGAGGACGCGGCGGCGGUGGACUUCCUGUACUCCGAGGGCCUGAUCUUCUGGACCGACGUCAGCGAGGAGGCCAUCAAACAGACCCACUGGAACCAAUCGACCAACUCGUUUAAAGAAGCACUCGGGACAGGCCAGACUGCUGUUGUAUCAGGAUUGGAUAGUCCGGACGGCCUGGCGUGUGAUUGGCUGGGCAGGAAGCUUUAUUGGACGGACUCAGAAACCAAUCGGAUUGAAGUGGCCAAUCUGGAUGGAAGUUCCAGGAAAGUCCUGUUUUGGCAAGACCUGGACCAGCCGAGGGCCAUAGCUCUGAACCCAGCCCAUCGCUCAAUGUACUGGACGGACUGGGGGGAGGACCCCAGGAUCGAGAGGGCAGGGAUGGAUGGCAGCAACAGGGAAGUGAUUGUGGUGAGAGAGAUAUACUGGCCCAAUGGGCUGACCAUUGACUUGGUGGAGCAGAAGCUGUAUUGGGCCGAUGCAAAGCUCAGCUUCAUCCACAAAGCUAACCUAGAUGGAUCUGCACGUGAGCCGGUGGUGGAGGGCACCCUGACCCACCCGUUCGCCCUGACGCUGUCUGGGGAGACCUUGUACUGGACGGACUGGCAGACACGCUCCAUCCACGCCUGCAACAAGCACAACGGGGCGGAGGCCCGCGAGAUACUCAACGGCAUCUACUCUCCCAUGGACAUCCAAGUGCUGGGACCCCAGAGACAGCCCUACAUUCAUACUCCAUGCAGUGACCUAAACGGUGGCUGUAGCCACCUCUGCCUGCUGUCUCCAGUUGAGCCCUUCCACAGCUGUGCUUGCCCCACGGGAGUGCAGCUCAGACAGGAUGGAAAAACGUGCAAACCCGGAGCGGAGCAGGUUCUGCUGCUGGCCCGGAGGACCGACCUGAGGAGGAUCUCACUCGACCUGCCCGACUUCACUGACAUCGUGCUACAGGUCGAGGACAUCCGGCACGCCAUCGCUAUCGACUACGACCCCGUGGACGGCCACGUGUACUGGACCGACGACGAGGUCAAGGCCAUCCGGCGCUCCCGCAUCGACGGGAGCGACGCCGUCACCCUGGUCAACACGGAGCUCGACCACCCCGACGGCAUCGCCGUGGACUGGGUGGCCCGCAACCUGUACUGGACCGACACGGGCACGGACCGGAUCGAGGUAACGAGGCUCAACGGAACCUCCCGCAAGAUCCUGAUCUCCGAAAACCUGGACGAACCGCGAGCGAUAGUCCUGGACCCCGUCAGCGGCUUCAUGUACUGGACGGACUGGGGCGAGCGACCCCAGAUAGAGAGAGCCAACCUGGACGGGUCGGAGCGUCUGGUGCUGCUCAACACGUCUCUGGGCUGGCCCAACGGGCUGGCCAUCGACCACGCCGCUGGGAAGCUGUACUGGGGGGACGCCAAGACGGACAAGAUAGAGGUCAUCAAUGUGGACGGGAGCAACAGACUGACCCUGCUGGAGGAUAAGCUCCCCCAUAUCUUUGGCUUCACGCUCCUGGGCGACUACAUCUACUGGACGGACUGGCAGCGGCGCAGCAUCGAGCGGGUGCACAAGGCCACGGCUGUGAGGGAGAUCAUCAUCGACCAGCUGCCCGACCUGAUGGGCCUCAAGGCCACCAAAGUGACCGAGGCGCAUGGUACUAACGGCUGUGCGGCAGGCAACGGAGGCUGCAGUCACCUGUGUUUCUGGCACGUCCAAGGGGCCCGCUGUGCCUGCCCCAUGGGCCUGGAGCUGCUGCCAGACCUGCAGACCUGCGUGGUGCCCGAGGCCUUCCUGCUCUUCACAAACAGGGAUAGUAUUAGAAGUAUAUCACUGGGCACCAACAGUAACGACGUGGCCAUUCCUCUGACCGGAGUGAAAGAGGCCUCGGCUCUGGACUUUGACGUCUCAGAGAACAGAAUAUACUGGACAGAUAUCCAGUCUAAGACGAUCAGCCGAGCGUACAUGAACGGCAGCUCUCUGGAGCACGUCAUUGAGUUUGGCCUGGACUACCCUGAAGGGAUGGCCGUGGACUGGAUGGGCCGCAACAUCUACUGGGCCGACACCGGUACCAACCGCAUCGAGGUGGCCCGGCUGGACGGCCAGUACCGCCAGGUUCUGGUGUGCAAAGAUUUGGAGAACCCGCGCUCACUGGACAACCCGCGGUCCUUAGCCCUGGAUCCAGCCAAUGGGUACAUGUAUUGGACGGAGUGGGGCGGUCGGCCGCGGAUCGCCAGGGCCUACAUGGACGGCAGCGUCAUCGGGACCCUGGUGGAUAAAGUGGGCCGGGCCAACGGCCUCACCAUAGAUUACCUGGACCACCGGCUGUACUGGACCGACCUGGACACGUGCAUGAUCGAGAGCACCAACAUGCAGGGUCUUCAGAGGGAGAUCGUAGUGGAUGAACUCCCUCAGCCCUUCGGCCUGACCCAGUAUCGGGACUUCAUCUACUGGACCGACUUCAACCUGCGAAGCAUUGAGCGAGCUGACAAGCGCAGCGGGCUCAACCGCACGGUGGUACUGCAGGGCCAGCUGGAGCUGAUGCUGGACAUCCUGGUGUUCCACUCGUCCAGGCAGGACGGAGCCAACGACUGCUCCCUCAACAAUGGAGACUGCACCCAUCUGUGUCUGGCCACGCCCGCCGGCGCCCAGUGCCGCUGUGCCUCGCACUACACCCUGGACUCUGACAGGCACAACUGCAGCUCGCCCUCCAGCUUCCUGCUGUUCAGCCAGAAGUCGAGCAUCAGCCGCAUGGUCCUGGGGGAGCAGAGCCCGGACAUCAUCCUGCCCAUCCACGUGCUGAAGAACAUCCGCGCCGUGAGCUACGACCCGCUGGACAGAAUGGUGUACUGGCUGGACGGACGGCAGAACAUCCGACGGGCCCGCGACGACGGCACCAUGGCGGCCACGGUGGUGGGCGGGGGUGCGGCCCAGCCGGCGGACAAGCAGCCUCACGACCUGAGCCUGGACGCGUACAGCCGCCACGUGUACUGGACCUGCGAGAGCUCCAACACCAUCAACGCCCAGCGCAUGGACGGCCACGGCGUGGGCGUGGUCCUCAAGGACGACACGGACAAGCCCCGCGCCAUCGUGGUCAACGCCGAGAAAGGGUACAUGUACUUCACCACGGUGCAGGAGCGCUCGGCCAAGAUCGAGGGGGCCAGCCUGGACGGCACGGAGAGGGAGUCCCUGUUCACCACGGGGCUGAUCCGGCCCGUGGCGCUGGCUCUGGACAACAAGCUGGCCAAGCUGUUCUGGGUGGACGCCGACCUCAAACGCAUCGAGAGCAGCGACCUCACGGGAGCCAACCGGGUCGUCCUGCAGGACUCCAACAUCCUGCAGCCCAUGGGCCUCAGUAUCCUGGGGGACCACCUGUACUGGAUCGACCGGCAGCAGCAGAUGAUCGAGAGGGUGGACAAAGUGAGCGGAGACAAGCGCACCCGCAUCCAGGGCCGCAUCUCCUACCUGACCUCCAUCCACGCCGUGGAGGAGAUGGACCCGCUGGAGUUUGCAUCCCAUCCUUGUUCCCGCGACAACGGUGGCUGCUCUCACAUCUGCAUCGCCAAGGGUGACGGGACGCCGCGCUGCUCGUGUCCCGUGCACCUGGUGCUCCUGCAGGACCUGCUCCACUGUGGAGAGCCCCCCACCUGCUCCACGGAGCAAUUCACCUGCUCCACGGGGGACAUCGACUGCAUCCCCAAGGCGUGGCGCUGCGACGGCUUCGCCGAGUGCGAUGACAACAGCGACGAGGAGGGCUGCCCGGUGUGCCUCCCGUCCCAGUUCCAGUGUGACAAGGGCGGCUGCGUGGACGGCGCCCUGCGCUGCAACGGGGAGCCCGACUGCACCGACCACUCGGACGAGCUCGACUGUGAUGUUAUAUGUUCUCUCAACCAGUUCCGUUGUGGGGACAACCAGUGCAUCACCAAGAAGCAGCAGUGUGAUCAAUACUCUGACUGCACGGAUAGCUCAGACGAGCUUGGCUGUGACCCCCCUCUGUCCAGCGACCUGCCCUCCAGCUCCUCCACCAUCGGCCUGUUCAUCGCCUUCAUCCUGCUGGUGUUUGUGAUCAUCGUGUACUUCGUGUGCCAGCGCCUUGUGUGCCGCCGCUACAAGGGCACCGCGGGCUCCUUCCCCCACGAGUACAUCAGCGGAACGCCCCACGUGCCGCUCGACUUCAUCGACCCCAGCACGUCGCAGCACGGCACCUUCCAAGGUAUCGCCUGUGGCAAGUCCAUCAUGAGCUCGGUCAGCCUGAUGGGCAGCAGCAGCAGCGGCGCCCCUCUCUACGACAGGAACCACGUGACCGGGGCCUCCUCCAGCAGCUCCUCCUCCACCAAGGGAGCCUUCUACCCUCAGAUUCUAAACCCUCCGCCCUCCCCUGCUACUGACCGAUCCCUCUACAAUGCAGAGGUCUUCUACUCUUCCAAUAGCCCAUCAACUACCAGAUCAUACAGGCCCUACCACCACGCAGUGCGGGGCGCCGCUCCCCCCACCACCCCCUGCAGCACGGACGUGUGCGACAGCGACUACGGCCCCCGGCGGCUCCCGGGCAGCAGCAUGGGCCCCGGCAGCGCCUCGGGGGGGCCCAGCCGCUGGAAGGUGUCGGUGGGCCACGGCGGCCACCACUCCAAGCACAACAAGUACUACAUGGACCUGAACUCGGACUCGGACCCCUACCCUCCGCCGCCCACGCCGCUCUCCCAGUACCUGUCGGCCGAGGAGAGCUGCCCGCCCUCGCCGUCCACCGAGCGCUCCUACUUCCACCUCUGUCCGCCGCCGCCGUCCCCCUGCACCGACUCCUCCUGACCCGCGCUACGGCCCACGUCGAGGUGGUAAACAACAAGCCAGGCCGAUGGGUGAAACCUGUUGGAAAGGGACUUCUGGUGCUGGGGCAGUGAACACAACCAAAAGAGAACCAGAGGGAGGGUGUUAUAAGAAAGUACAGAAAAUAGAACAAUGAUUCGGGUGCUAUCGGGGGAAGAUCAAUGGUCUUACUCGCAAUGAUAUGGUUUGAUUGUCUACUGCUGGAGUCUGGCGGUGGCUCAAUUGCCUUGCUAACGCGUACGUCGGCGUACGUCGGCCAAUCGGGCCUUCCACUCAGAAACUGAACGCCUGCUCACCUAGUGGCAUUCGGCUGAAGAACAGGUGGAUUAUUUAUACUGUGUUAAAAAUCCUGGCAUCCUUGUCUCCCAGAGGACGGGUAAUCAGAGGUCAUCAGCAGCUCCACGCUGCUGAACGCUGCUCCACAUUUGGGUUGACCUGGGGACCUCUUCCUAGCAUUCCAUCCCCCAGCUUCUCCGCCCACUCUCUCUCAUCGUCCACCUUCUUAGCCUCCCUUCCUAUCAUCACCCAUUUCUCCUACCACUUUAUCUCAUAUGCCCCCUUCUCCACCUCAAUUUAUCUCUGUAGCUUCUAGGGCUGAACGAUUAAUUGAAUUCAAAUCGAAAUCGCGAUGUAUUGGAACGCGGUAUGCAAAUCGCAAAGGCUGCGAUUUAAGAAAAAAAAAGUGAUUUGUUACCGUUACUGACUGGAAAUCAGUACGAUUCAACUAUUUUUAUUUUUAUUUUACAAUUCAAAAGUUGAAUAAAGAAGUUUAUAAUAUAAAUUAAUUUCAACACAUCGGCAUGGCCUAAAGAAAAGAGCAGUUUUUAUGUUGAAUGCUUCCAAUGUUGUGUUGGUCAUACUAAAGAAUGAUAUAUUUAUUUUUUAGUGAAUAAUACACAACACAAGGAACUUACAACAAUAAAUUAUAAAAAUCACACACUAAUUCGCAAUCGCAAUAUUGGUCAACCUAAUCGCAAUUCGAUUAUUUCCCCAAAUCGUUCAGCCCUAGUAGCUUCUCAGCCAGCCUUUCUUUCAUCCUCUCAGCGGGGGGGGUGACGUGGUGCAGAGAACUAUGUACAAUGUAUCCAUAUCAACACAUAUUGAAGAUAUCUCAGUCAAUAUUGGGAUAGAUAAAUGAAGAUGGAAGUGGUUGAAUGGGGUCCGGACGGUGAGUGUUGUAGGGGACAGAAGUAUCACCGUCCUGGGUCAGGGCAGUGGUCCGCCGUGGCCUAUGGAAGAGUGUUUGAUGGGUGAGAUCGUCACAAGCUCCAUGGGUGAAACCUUCUGUGUACUUCGACUUCAAUAUAUUCACAUUUUACAUGUAUAUGUCCCUUGAAUUUUAAUUGAUGAGAGAUUUGAAAAAAAGAACAACAUUCAAUCAGCUUGGUUGGCAUGUGUUGAAAGUGUAGAAGAAAAGGAAAGAGGAAGCAUCAAAGUUCUCAAAUCAAACCACUGUGACAGCAGCGCACAAACAAGUCUGUAAGCUUCAUCAUCCUACUUCUGUUUGGGAUGGGCUCGGAUUAGAGCCAGCGAUGGGACUUUGAAAAGUGACGUCCCUUCGUGCCAAUUUCAACAAAAGACAUUGCGAAUGCGAUAAUGUGUUUCACCAGAUAUGUACAUAUAAAAUUAUUUGGUAAUCAACCCUACUACAUGACAGAACAAUACCAAAUGAAAUGUAAUGUUUGUACAUAACUGUAAUUAGGUAGUCAGCAAUUUGUAUUGUGAAUUAGAACCUGUUCCCAUCGCCACAGGUCACAUUGUUCUGUUUAAGUAUGUUGGCUGCUAGUGUGUACAUACUAUAUAUUAUGUAUUAUUCAUUUAUACAAUGCAGAAGUGUCCAAAUUUAAAAUUUCAUUCUGACAAUGGAUCUUAAAUCUAUUUUAUGGUUCAUAAAAAAAAAAAAAAAUCACAUAGUAAUCUUUGAGAAUGCAAAAUUAUAUUUGUCUGUACGUUGUGACAUAUGUACGUUUUUAUUUAAAUAUUAAUUUGCAAGUUAAAAAUGCUUAAUUUGGGUCGCUCUGCAAAUGUAGAGGGCUUCGGAUAACGUCAUUCUAAAGCAUUCAGCCUUUUAGUAACCUCUCCAUAAAACGUCCAUUGUAUGUUGUGGGCGUCAAUAGGUGUGAGUUGAUUGAUAUCAGGACACCAGCUGGUAAAGCGAAGUUAUAUGAUGUCACCAGCUGAUUAGGCGAUGUUGCAUGAUGUCUCCAGUCUACGAAGCCAUGUCGGAUGAUGUCACCAGCUGAAUAAGUCAUGGUGGAGGAUGGCACAAGCUAAAUAAGCGAUGUUAACAGACACCAGCUGAUCCACGGUUGUCAGCAUGUAUCCAACCAGAUUCCAACCACUUUGAAGACUUGCUCAGAAUGUUCAUCCGGCACUUAUCAAAUGCAUAGCAUGUCAUCCCUGCAACUGUUAUAAGACAAGAUGAAAGAUAAAAACAUCAUGGCACUUAAAAACUCAAGAUGGAUGAACAGGGAAACUUUUUAUUUUUUGUCUUGUAUAUACUAUUGCAACACAUCGUCGGUAGGAUAACACUAAUCUGUGUUACAAUGUGCUAAUUCCAGCUCACAUUCACUAGUAGUGGGCAAAACAACAGUUGGUCAAUUCUGAUUUAGAAAGAGCCAACAUCGGUGGGGCAAACUAUUUAGUUCUUAUUGGAUUAAGUUUGUGUUCUUAUAGCAAGUUUUCAAACAAAAAGAUGCAUCCUAUUGUAGAAGAUGCAGAAAUAUGUUGUCAUGUGGUCUUCAUUGUAAUUGUAUAAGCAUUAUCAGUAUAAUAUGUAAAAGCAACAUUGAGCUCAAUAGUAUUUAAUAGUGUUCUGGUGUCAAAGUCCAAAAAGGUUACAACUAUUAUUUUAAAACAGGAUGUUUUCCGCAAUUACCACAUACAAUAUAUGAUCAGAGCGUGAAAAUACAUUUAACAUUUGCAGUAAAAUAAAUCUAUUGUAGAUUAUAUUUCUAAUGUACAUUUGUUUCUAUUCUAAAGGUCUUUAGAUGUGUUUUGUAAUUGUAUAUGUCAUCAUGUUAGCUGGUUCUUGGUUUGCAUAUUUGGCAUAAUUACAUAUCUUGGAAAGAGACAAUUAUUUCCAAAUUAUGAUUCUGUAUUUUGUUCUUUUGAGUAUUUUCUUUUGGGUCGUUGUAUCCAAACACCUCCAAAUCUUAACCCAACACAGAUUAAAGAUUAAAGAGGAGCUACCGAAACCAUUCAAAGAGAUCUUUUCCAAGAGAUCUUUAUGUAUCACAUUUGUCCUGCUUGUCACCUUUGGUCUGUCUUUUUCUGUGACUCCUUCUCCAAACCUAAACCCUAUAGUGUGUUUCAAAAGUUGUCUUGCUUUUGGGUGUGAAGUGAAGGGAGCUUUGGGUUUUUCAGUAACCAGGUUGUUGCUGCUAAUUAGCUGGAAUUUACUUGUUGCUAUAGGUAACAUUUAAUUAGAAUAGCAAUCAUGGCAGCCAAACUCUUUUAGAUCUAUAAACAUUUUCCUCAAACCACUGUGCCAGUAAAACUAUGUUCCUCGAACAAAUCUUCUCAUUGUUGAGAUUUUUUUAUCAUAAGCAUUUUUGUAUAAUAAAGGUAUAUUUUAAAGAA